AUGCUUUCCCUGGAACAGAUUCGCAACGAAACGGACGCUGUUCGCGCCGCCCUGGUGCGCCGCGCCGAAGAUGACGAUUGCCUCGACGAAAUUCUUGCCCUGGAUACAGAGCGGCGUGUCGCCAUAACCGACGGCGACAACCUGCGGAGCCGUCGCAACCAGGUGUCCCGGGAGAUUGGGCAGGCCCGCGCCCAGGGUCAGCAACCGCCCGAUGACGUCGUUGCCGAAAUGCGCGACGUGGGUCAGCAGAUCAGCGACCUUGAGGAAACCGUCCGCACUCUUGAUGUGCGGAUCAACGGCCUGCUCAUGGAGUUGCCCAACCUGCCUGACGCUACCACGCUGGACGGUCUGGACGAAUCGGCCAACCGGGUGCUGCGUCAUUGGGGAGAAUUGCCCCAGUUCGAUUUCGCGCCGCAGCCCCACUGGGAUCUAGCCGAGCAGCUGGGCGUUAUCGACUUCCAACGCGGCGUCAAGCUGUCGGGCAGCCGGUUCUACACGCUGAACGGUCGUGGAGCACGCCUGGAGCGGGCCAUCAUAUCGUGGAUGCUGGACCUGCACAGCGAGGAGCAUGGCUACACCGAGAUGGCGUUGCCCAUCCUCGUGCGCCGGGAGAUUAUGGAAGGCUCUGGCAACUUGCCACGCUUCGCCGACAACCUGUACCACGAUGAAGAAGAUGACCUGUGGCUGAUUCCAACUGCGGAAGUGCCGGUAACGAACCUGCACCGCGACGAGAUAUUGUCCGCCGAUGAGUUGCCCCUGUACUACGUGGCCCACACGCCGUGCUUCCGCCGGGAAAAGGCGGCGGCCGGACGCGACACCCGCGGCAUCAAGCGCGUACAUCAGUUCAACAAGGUGGAGAUGUACAAAUUCGUCGAGCCGGGAACCUCCUUUGACGAGCUGGAAACACUGCUGGGUAACGCCGAAACCGUCUGCCAACGCCUGGGCCUGCCCUACCGCAUCCUGGAGUUGUGCGCCGGCGACAUAUCCUUCCCAUCAGCCAAAUCCUAUGACAUUGAAGUGUGGGCGGCCGGCUCCGGAGAAUGGCUGGAAGUGUCCUCCUGUUCCAACUGCACCGACUUUCAGGCGCGGCGAGCCAACGUGCGUUACCGUCCGGCUGCCGGCGAACGCCCGCGAUUCGUCCACACUCUGAACGGUUCCGGCCUGGCGCUGCCCCGGGUAAUGAUCGCAAUCCUGGAGAACAACCAGCAACCGGAUGGUUCGGUCAUAAUCCCAGAACCACUGCACCCAUACACCGGAUUCGAUACGAUACCGGCGCCAUAA